GAUCUCCGACCAUACCUAAUCACGCAGCUUAGCUGCAUUCACCACAGACACAAAAACAUUCCGGGCUCUUUCUCCAAGAUUUUUGUGACGUUGUGCGAUAUCGUUGGCCAAAACUGGCAGCAUUCUGCUUGGCUUUUAACAGAUUUGUAGCACGUGCGAACACUUCAGCCCCCGCCCACUUUGCCCGCGAUCUAGUCAGCUGUCCUCGACGAAGAUUAGGUAUUAUUCUCUGAGAUCGCCGGAGCCCAGGGUAAGCCUUGCCGGAGUACUUUACUUCUAAGAACGUUUAUCUACCACACGUGUCUACAGCUCAGUUGUCUCAGCCGAUCGUUGAAUAAGAGUCAUGGAGUCCCUGAUCGACAGUUUGGAUGCAGACAAGUGGCAGACCGUGGAAGUUGCAGCCAAGGGCGAUGGUUACAAAGAGUACAAGGUGAUGAGACAGCACAAGGAGGACCCAUACGGUACCUUCAAGUACCUCAUCCAACAGGAGGACGAUGACCCUAAGGCUGUGUACCUCGUUGGCUGCAAGAUCGGCAUGGACCCUCUCAAGGAUAUCGGCACAGCUGAGCUCAAGCUGGACGCGGAGGAAAAGCACGUCCUUGGCGUCGACCUCGAUGGCGAGAUUGUUGCUAAGAAGUAGAGGCCGUUGUGCCAUUUACGACAUUCACUAUCAUCAAAUGUAUUGGAGCUAAUUUCUCUCGAUUGUCAAAGCAGCGCGUGAGAAGGGGGGAGCGUGUGUUUGCACUUUGGAAUUGGGGGUGGGGAUGUAGUCUAAAAAAUGCGUCAUUGCGCAAUAACAAGCUAAAUAGAAAAAAUGUAGUUUAGAAUGGCAUUCGGACUACUAUUGGCAACGUUACGUCGAUAAAGCUUUUGGAACUAAAGUGGAGGCUAUCAUCUUGAAAAGUCUAAAGGCGCUUUAAUUUCAUAAAUAUAUACAGAGCUUUAAACAUUAGUAGUAGUACAUGGUCUGUUAAUGAGACCGGUAUAUGUGCGUGUGUUAAAAUCCAAAGUUACUAACAAAGGUUUCGGCAAAUUGAACACUAUGAAGCACCUGUAAAAUGUUACUUCGGGUCGUUAAGUACUUGGACGCUCUAUCCCACUUGUGAGAUUGACUUUCAGCGAAAACGUUAUUCAUCUGAUAAUAUAGCAAAUAUACUUUAUUGUUAUUGAUUGUGAUAAUCUGAAGCUUUGAAAGAGGAGGAUGAAAACACACGACCAUCUGACAUUACGGAACCAUCUUGAUUGACAUGGACAUGUUCUUGUGUUUGAUGAUCUUUUGAUGUUAGUUGUACAAAUGUGUGUAUUGUGCUUCACAUUAAAACAAGCGCACCAACGGGCUGUUUCGUGUAGAACUCGAGAAUCCACUGCUGGGAGCUCACAUUCACCAUCACAUGUGUUGUUUGAAGAACAGCAUUGACGACAGUCUGUUUCUUAUCACCUGAAGCGCCGACUGUCUGACCUGAUGAUGUAUCCAUUAAAGUAAACAAAUACUUUAAAACAUCUUGCAGUACCAAAUGUCUGAUCGGGUGAUUUAUCUAUUAACGUUUUACAAGUCCUGUUGUACCAACUAUCUUGAUGAUGAUUUAUCGAAAAAAAGUAAAUAUUCUUAAAAGUAUCAUAAACUAAUUAAAUGGUAAGAUGUAAAUAGAAAAACACUUAUUUGAAACAGUGCAGUUAUAAUUGCCUUUCUUGUUUUGUUUCAAAGAAUUUUUUUUGUGUGAAAUUACUUAGUGUAUCCCUAUUAUUUAAAUGUAUAUUAAUUUCGUAAAUCAAAAAAGCUUAACAUCCCACGAGUCCUUAAAGCACACCCAUCAUCACCUCAAAGCACACGUUAACAGAUUCACAGGUCCUAUGCUUUUAAAGCUUGUUAACGAUUUGAGUUCCACAACAACAUCUCGCUCAAGAGCAGUGACCUAGAUUUUAUAAAUAAACUGUUUAGUGUAA